AUGGUCCAGAAAUUUUAUGUCACCUACAACCAGGUGCACAAGCUCUGCCAACAGUCAGCAGACGAGAUCCUCAAGGAGUGCAACCCUAACCUGAUGAUCGCGAUUGGUGGUGGUGGCUAUGUUCCCGCUCGUAUCCUCCGAUCCUUCCUCAAGAAGCCUGGUGACCCCAACAUCCCCAUCCAGGCUAUCGGUCUGUCCCUCUACGAGGACCUUGGCCGUGGUGACCCCGAGGAGGUCCCUGGUACCAAGGUGACCCGCACACAAUGGUUGGACCUGAGCUCGUUGGAGAUGGCCAACCUGAUCGGCAAGAACAUUCUGAUUGUGGAUGAGGUUGACGAUACCCGUACCACUUUGGAGUAUGCUGUGCGCGAGCUUGAGAAGGAUGUUGAGCAAGCUCAGAAGCAGCUUGGUCGUGAGGGCGAGAAGACCAACUUCUCUAUCUUCGUUCUGCACAACAAGAACAAGGAGAAGAAGGGUGUCCUGCCCGCCGAUAUGAUGGAAGGCGGUCGUUACCACGCUGCUGUCACCACUGGCGAUCUCUGGAUCUGCUAUCCCUGGGAGGCUAAGGACAUCGACGAGCACGACGCUCUCGCAAAAGAGAACCCUCUCAUCAUCUAA